ACUAUAAGGUCACCUAUGGUUACCUCGUGUCUCCAAUAAUUUUGCUAUUGGUCAAAGAUCCGAUUGCUAAAGAGUAUGACUUGUCGAAUUUGCGAGUCAUCGUUAAUGGAGCUGCUCCUCUUAGCAAAUCAUUAAUUGACGAUAUGCUUAGCAUUCAUAAUAUUACUGUCAAAAAAUAUGUCAUCGGUGUUGAUUAUGAGAAAGAAUCAACAAAUGGCACCUACUGUUCCGUUGAAAAACUGUUACCUAAUAUUGAGGCUAAGAUAAUUACGGAAAAUGAACAAGGGAUAUCUAAUAGUGAAGAGGCAAACAAUGCAGCUUUUGAUGGAAACUUAUAUAUUACUGAUUGUAUCAAAGAGGGUUUCCAGGUUACACCUGCGGAACUGGAAGAAAUAAUCACACAUUCAGCAGUGUCAGAUGCCGCCGUAGUUGGCUUUUAUUGUGAACCUGAAGCCACUGAAUACCCCUUGGAUUGUUUUACACUUCAAGCAGGCUACGAACAAUCAUUAGAGUUAAUUCACAAGAUCAAAAAUUGCGUUGCUGAUCGAGUGGCACUGCAUAAGAGGUAG